UUUCUGUUCAAGUUUUAAGAGAUGUAACAGGUAGACAUUCAGGUUGAGGUAGCUAUCACAUCUUGCUCUUCCCUUUAUCCUCUUAACCAUCAUCAACUUAACUAUUAUUUCUGUUUCAAUUGGUUUGUCAAAUUUGUCACUUGAUUGUUUUUCGUAACUAUUUAUUAUCCAUCUGUAAUCAUAUUUUGUUUCAUUAACAAGUUGCCUCUGUGAUUGAAAGGCUUUGAAAGUCCAUAAAAUGAAAUGGACAACGCUAACUUCUUUGGUACUUCUAAUUCCGCUUCUAUUACUUUUGGUUGUUCUAAAAGAAACCACAUUCAAUCAGACAACGGAUAAUGACGAUGUUGGUGUGUAUUUAGCUAGUAAGAGAACCAUCGAUGACCUAGCUAAUUUGAUUGAUCCUUCUCAAUCUUGUAAAUGUGACUGUGAUAAAGAAACGGCUUCUAUCGUAGAAGCAGCAGCGGCUGCUGCCGCAGCAGACUCUUCAACCUUUUCUCGUACUACUAUUUUAACUACUCUUCCUCCGGGAGAAGAUGUUCCUGCAGAAACCGAGGCUAUAACAUCUAGUUCAACCAACGACCAAGCCAAACCUCCUACCAUAUUUGUGAUAACUCCAACUUAUACUAGGCCAACUCAGAUGGCUGAUAUGACCCGUCUUGCUCAAACUCUGAUGCUUGUUAAAAAUAUCUUCUGGAUAGUGACAGAAGACUCUCACUUACUUAACCAACAAGUUGCUGAUCUGCUUAAUAGAACCAACAUUCCACAUAUUCAACUUCUCGGGCCUCGACCUAAAACUCACUUGGACAAACGAAGUGGUCGUGGUGUCUCAAACAGACUUGUUGCUCUGCAGUGGCUUCGCACAACUUUUGCCAAUGAAUCUAAUGCUCAAGGAGUGAUCUAUUUUGCUGAUGAUGACAACGCAUACGAUAUCAAAGUUUUUGAGGAGAUGAGGGAUACAAAGAAAGUAUCAGUAUGGCCUGUUGGAUUAAUUGCCAAAAUUGGAUUGUCAACUCCAAUAUUGAACCUCACAACAGGCAAGGUUGUAGGAUUUCACGACCCUUUCAUGGGACGUAGAAAGUUUGCUGUUGAUAUGGCCGGAUUUGCUGUUAAUUUAAAUCUAUUUUUAUCUAAACCGAAAGCAAUUAUGCCUUAUAAAGUUGGCUACGAAGAAGAUUAUUUUAUUAGAAGUCUAGGUGUUACAAUUGAUGAUUUAGAACCAAAAGCAAAUAACUGCACACAGAUUUUGGUAUGGCAUUCGAAGACUCAACCUGGAAAAGAUCCCGAGUUUGUUAAUCUGAAAAAGGAGAUUUCCAACUCAACCAAUCUAGUUCAAUUGUAUACCAAUGUCCUUCGACAAUGACAAUUUGCGCAGGGAAAUACAUUUUUUUAUAUGUAUUGGUGCCAAUUAUUUAUUUUAAGUGUCCUUGAACAAAUAAACCUCGUAAAAAUAUGAAAAAAUAUAUUGAACUAUUGAAAGUUUAUUUAAUUUGAA